GCGGCGGAAAUAUUUUCUCGCUAUUCAAAAUGGCACCGUCUUACGGAAGUGAAGAAAACAAGUACGAAGAAUAAGUUGGAUAAAAUUGCUCAUUUCCUUUGCUUUGACGCGAAUCUUCUCUCAAAAUCAACCACACGCUCGGGGUUCGGAUUGAGAACAAAGUAACGCGUUAACGGUCAUGGAGAGCAUUUGCCCUUGUUGAAAGUACUAUCUCAUAGACAGCCAGCACGUGGGUGGCGGUUUGAGGGUGCAUCGUCUAAGUCAGCUGGAGGUCAUGUGUGAAGCUGUGGUCUGAUGCCCACCCUCCACUCAGCGUUGGCCAUGGACGGGGAGAACUACCUGCAUCCAGAAGGCCCUCAGCUGGACAGCAGCUUGUUCUCUAUGCCCUCCUCUAACAUGGAGAGUUCAAUAUUUGCCUCCUCUGGUUCCUGGGGAUCCUUCUCUCAGCAGGCUGGAUACAGCAUACACUGCCCUAUGCAAUCUGGAAACCAGCAAUACCACUUGAACAGCAGCACUACCACCACCACUCCAGAUAUGCACAUGGACAUGUACUCGGGAUUCUCUGACGUGGACUUUUCCAGCCUCAACCUCCCUCGUAAUGGAGAUUUCACCCAGGACCUGUCCUGCAUUGAUGACCUCUCUACAAACUCUCUGUUCUCCUCUCCGGCUGACUCACUGUCGGAGUAUGCUGAUACCCAGUCCUUCAUCAGCACAGACAACCUAGACACAGUGCCCACGCUCUGGGACAUCAACACUAGUACCACCACCACACCAGCACAGAGCCAGUUGGAGAAUGGCACCAGCAGGUUUCAAGGCUUGGCCAGUUUGGAUGAUAUAACCGCUAUUAUCAGCACACCACCUUUAGGAGGAUUCCAGGCUCAGCGAACCCAGGCAGCACCAGAGGAGGAAGAGGAUGCAGAGGAAGAGGAGACGGAGGAGCUGGGACAUGUAGACACAUAUGCUGAGUACAGACCUUCCAAAUCCACUAUAGGAAUUUCUCAUCCCGACAUAGUGGUUGAAACCAACACGCUAUCCAGUGUCCCUCCUCCUGACAUCACAUAUACUCUGUCUAUACCCGAGUCAACUAUUAACAAUGGCCUGCUGUCUGCUCUGCAGCUAGAGGCUGUCAUCUAUGCCUGCCAGCAACAUGAGGUGAUCCUCCAGAACAACCAGAGGGCAGGCUUCCUGAUCGGAGAUGGGGCAGGGGUCGGAAAGGGACGAACCGUGGCAGGAAUCAUCCUGGAGAACUACCUUAAGGGAAGGAAGAAAGCACUAUGGUUCAGCAUAUCCAAUGACCUGAAAUUUGAUGCAGAGAGAGAUCUCAAAGACAUAGAGGCCCCGAAUAUUCCUGUGCAUGCCUUAAACAAGAUAAAGUAUGGAGACACAGCUACCUCAGAAGGAGUCCUGUUUGCAACUUACUCUGCCCUGAUUGGAGAGAGCCAGGCAGGAGGACAGCAUCGGACGAGAAUUAAACAGAUCCUGGAUUGGUGCAAGCCAGACUUUGAUGGAGUUAUUAUUUUUGAUGAAUGCCACAAAGCCAAGAAUGCAACAUCUACAAAGAUGGGCAAGGCAGUGCUUGACCUUCAAAACAAGCUGCCACGGGCCAGAGUGGUGUAUGCCAGUGCCACAGGUGCCUCUGAGCCAAAGAACAUGAUCUAUAUGAGCCGCCUGGGAAUCUGGGGUGAGGGCACACCUUUCAGAACCUUUGAAGACUUCCUCCAUGCCAUUGAGAAGAGAGGUGUCGGAGCCAUGGAGAUUGUUGCCAUGGACAUGAAAGUAAGCGGGAUGUACAUUGCCAGACAACUGAGCUUCUCAGGUGUGUCUUUCCGCAUCGAAGAAAUUGGACUGGAUAGUGACUUCAAGCUGGUUUAUAACAAAGCUGCCAAACUGUGGGCUGAGGCAUUGCAAAUGUUCAUGCGUGCAGCCGAUGAGCUGGGCCUGGUCAGCAGGAAGUCACUGUGGGGGCAGUUCUGGUCGUCUCACCAGCGCUUCUUCAAAUACCUCUGUAUCGCUGCCAAGGUCCGCUGCCUGGUGGAGCUGGCCCAGAAAGAGUUGGCGGCAGGAAAGUGCAUCGUUAUUGGGCUUCAGUCCACUGGAGAAUCUCGCACCAGAGAAGUCUUGGAUGAGAAUGACGGACAUCUUGACAGAUUCGUUUCGGCAGCAGAGGGAGUAUUCCAGUCUCUUGUAACGAAGCAUUUCCCUUCAGAGAAACAGAGGAGAGAAAAGGCACCUGGGAAUAAAAGAAAACGGAAGCCAAGAGGUCGCCAGCCGAAAGUACCCAAGCACACGGUGGACAGCGGCGGUGUGAUCAACAUCACCGACGACAGCAGCAGUGACUCUGAUGGCAUGGACACAGACUCCAACUCUUCACCAGACUCCUUGCUAGACAAUGACAACGAUGUCAUCUUUGUGAACCACACUAGCUGCCAGACAGCCAGGAUAGAGGAGUUGAAACAGGGCCUCCUCAACAAAAUAUCAGAACUGGGAAAAGAACUACCUCUCAAUACAUUGGAUGAGCUCAUUGAUAAGUUUGGAGGACCAGAUAAAGUCUCUGAGAUGACUGGACGUAAAGGUCGUGUGGUGCGACGUCCUGAUGGCAGCGUUCAUUAUGAGUCACGGGCUGAGCAAGGUCUUACGAUUGACCACAUCAACCUCAAGGAAAAAGACCGCUUCAUGGGCGGAGAGAAGUUGGUGGCCAUCAUCUCAGAGGCAGCCAGCUCUGGGAUUUCCUUGCAGGCAGAUAAGCGAGUGAAAAACCAGAGGCGUAGGGUCCACAUGACCCUGGAGCUACCUUGGAGUGCAGACAGGGCUAUUCAACAGUUUGGUCGAACCCAUCGGUCCAAUCAAGUGACAGCGCCAGAGUACAUCUUCCUCAUCUCAGAGUUAGCUGGGGAGAGACGUUUUGCCUCCAUUGUGGCUAAGAGACUAGAGAGUCUGGGUGCGUUAACUCAUGGAGACAGAAGAGCAACGGAAUCCAGAGACUUGAGCAAGUACAAUUUUGAGAAUAAGUACGGUACCAAGGCUCUCGAUAAAAUCACCAAAGCAAUUCUUGGCCACAUAGAGAACAAGGUGCCCCCUCCCAAAGGCUAUCCUGGGGGUGAAGCCAUAUUCUUCAGAGACAUGAAGUUUGGAAUGAUGGACGUGGGCAUCUUUUGUAAGGAGCCUCGCUUUGGGAUCAGUACUGAGAAAGACUGCAGCAUCACAAAGUUCCUAAAUCGGAUCCUGGGCCUGGAGGUCCACAAGCAGAAUUAUCUCUUCCAGUACUUCACUGAUAACUUUGACUACUUAAUUGAGAAAGAUAAGAAGGAGGGCAAAUACGACAUGGGAAUCCUAGAUCUCGCCCCAGGUAACGAUGAGAUUUAUGAAGAGAAGCAGGAAACUUUCUUGACAGUGGGAAACCCUCAGGAUGGACAGGUUGUUCUUUAUAAGAUCAGUGUGGACAGAGGUAUGCCCUGGGACGAGGCCUACAACAGGUCACUAAAGCUCAGCGGUCCUGAUGAGGGAUUCUACUUGUCCCAGAAACCGCGAGGUAACCACCCAGUAGUGCUGCUAGCUGAGCAAGGACGAGGCAAGAACUUCAUCAUCUACAAACCCAACAUUGGCAAGCAGACUCACCUUGAGAGUCUGGACAACCUGCAUCAACGUUACCGAAAGGUGACUCCCGAGGAAGCCAGGGACAGCUGGGAGAACCAGUUCACCUUCUCCUUCAAGAAGUGCAGUCACGCCAACUGGAACGGGAAGUGUAAGAAAAUCGAGGAAGGCCAAGAGUGUCUGCAGGGAAUGCGCCUCCGUCAGUACCACAUGCUGUGUGGAGCUCUGUUGCGGGUGUGGAAGCGUGUAUCCGACGUGGUUUCUGACAUCACCAGCUCCAGCAUCCUCCAGAUCGUGCGCCUUAAAACUAAGCAGCACAACAAGCAAGUCGGCAUCAAGAUCCCAGAGAACUGUGUGGCUCGUGUUCGCGAGGAGCUGCUGUUGAUGGACGAGGAGGUGAAGAGGAGGCGGAAGGAGAAGGAGCAGCAGGCCGUGGAGCAGCGCCUGGCUGAGGAACGCAAGCGUAAAAUGGAGCAGCAGAACAGACAUCUCCUGCAGAAUCUGUUCAGCCAGAAGCAAAUGCACAACCAGUCCCUCGCUCAGACUCUCGCCCAGAACCCCAUGCUCAAACAGAAACUGAACCAAAACGCCCUGCAAAGGACUCAACCCGGGAGCAUCCCUCAGCUGCAGAGAAUGCAGCCCCAAAGCCAGUCUGCUUUAGCGCUCCCCCAAUACGACAUACCUCUGUUGUCCUUACAGAGAAAUCAAACCCAGCAAAGGACCCAAAACAACUGGCCCAACAAUUCCACCUCCUCCACCACCACCAACCAAGGCCCUCUGACCAACACAGUUAGCCUCGAUUUCUCACAGUUUUACUCGCAGCCCUUCGCGUCCCCUUUUUCACUGCCGAAGAACCCGUUGCUUCCGCUCCAACAGACCACACUGUCUUCCAAGAACCCCCUGGCUGACAUCUUGGACCUGACUGUGAGUUCACCGUCGCCGUCUCCAGACAGCACCGAGGGCGGGCUGAGUCUGGACACUCUAACAGGCAACUCUGCGGCAUUCUCAGAUGACUUUAAUCUGGAGUCUCUCAUCUCCCAGAGCGUACCGAAUGCCCAGCAUCAAAUACAGCAGCCCAUUUUACUUCAGCAACAACAACAACAGCAGCAGCAACAGCAACAACAGCAGAACCACAACCUGUUGCCCAACAACCACCAGGACUUGUUAGAUUUAUUUGACUUGCCCCUGUCGCCCCCGAUGCCCACGCAGAAAGCCAGCCCCUCGUCCUCGUCCUCCUCCUGCUCUUCCUCCACGUCCUCCACCUCCGCCGUGUCAAACAACCCGGUUUCUCUCUUCUCCAACUCAUCCUCCGCCGCCUCGCUGUUUUCCAACUCUACCUCUCGCUUCCCCGCCGCCUAUCUCCUCCCGCAGCCAGACUCUGUCUCUUUACCAAACGGUCACUGCAGCUCCGGCGCUCUCGACGUCCGCGAGGCUCUGAACAGCAUGUUGCAGGCUGGGCCGGACCGCAAGUCUGUCAUCCAGUACCGGCAGCAAGACUAGGAGCUUACACGACGACAGCUAGUCUGGACUUAGUUUAUCUUUGGAUAUUUUUUUUUUGUCUUUUGAAGCAGAUUGCGUCUUGUUUGCUGCUGUCUACGAUCGCACCCUUGGACCUGCUCCCUCUCCCCUCAGGGCGUUUAGUCAAGUCACUGCCUGUCCUGCGCUGGGCUCACCCUUCUCUUUAUCCACCUGUAGCGUUCACCUGCUUGAGGCUGUCGAGGUGAUGUCGGGGCUCGAUCAAUAUCGGAUUUCUGCACCAAAGUGUGUCCUCCACAGUAAAAGGCAGCUGUUUGAAAAAAAAAAUUAAAGGAAGUGGAAGAGAAAAAAACGUGAUAACUGUAUUUUAUCGAACAUACGAGCUGUCAAAACACAAGCUCAUCCAUGAGGUGUGGAAAUCUUUAAUACAACCUCCCGCUGCUGAUUUUUACGAGGUAUGAUUGGUGAAGUUUGCUGGAAGCUCUAAAUGCCUUUCACCAGUUAAAACCACAUCUUUAGACUUUUGCUUUACUGUUACUUCGCUUCAUGGCUGUUUGUCUUGAUUUUAAAAAAACAACAACAAGAAAAAAACCUGUAUGCAAGGCUUGGUUUGAGUGAAACAAAACAAAUGUUGAACUGGAAGACGAGAGCGACAACCCAUCUUUUAGCUGAUUAGCCAUGAAAUGCCUCAGUUGUCAUUAUUUCUUCUACAUGCUCCCUCUUGUUUCUCUCCCAGCUUGUAUGAACACUAGUGUGAGGAAAAGGGAGAGGAAGAGCAGUCUGCUGUUGCAAACAGUGCCUUUUGGAGAAAUCUAUAAAUGCAGUCUUUAGAAUCCAUGUAGCCUAAUGUAUAGAUUUGUACUCUUGAGCGUUGGUUUUAAUUUUAAUUUAAUAUGGUAUAUUUGUAUUUAACUUUUAGCCCCUUCAGUGAGUCAGUCAGUCAGUUAGUUGUUGUUUGUGUUCCUCUCUGCUGGUGUUGGGUUUCAGGAAGACACUUCCAUGUAGCCUGUAUAUGCUUGUACGACUGUCUGCUCUCAAAAGAAGAGCUGUGUUCUUUAUUUGUGUCCUUUCUGCUGCAGGUUAGAUGAUGUUUGAGGCAGAUUGUUGAGCAGCAUGGAUAAAAAUUGUGUCCAAAAGUUUUAUCCAAACCCAACGUCCCCGUUUGUUUUCUUAAAGCUGACAGAGUUUGGGUGACGUGACUCCUGUUUUGUUUUGAUAUGGAAUUCCUCAGGAAAGUCUUGAGUGUUUUUUUCUGUGUGUGUGUGUAUAAGUGUCAUUUUGACCAACAUAAAUAUAUAAAUCUGUUUUUUAGUCUUCAGAAUUUCAAGUUAAAAAGAAUGCCCUCACUAAAUCGUAAGUCUAAAUGUGUGUUCUCGAGCAUCAGGUUCUAGAGGAGUUCAACAAAUAACAAAUAUCUGAGUAUGUACGUUUCCAUUUCAGGCGCAGAUGCUGUAAAAACCUUUGAAAAGACGUGGAUGUAAUGUUCACUGUGUAUGACAUUUAGAAACCUGUGAGAUCUGACCAUCUUUGUGUGAAAACGAUGCACUGGAGUUGGUUCGUGACAAAAAGCCGGGUGAAGUCCAAGCGAUCAAAAAGCAAUAAAACAUUAUUCUACACUUGUUCUGACACAGACAUGCCUAAGUACUGUUUACGCUCAACAGGCAGAGCUUUGUAGUUACCUUUGCAUGGUAUGAAUCUUCUUUUUUCUGUUGUGCUUCAUAGUCUUUUAGUUAAAGCACAUUCUGAAACGCAUACAAACCAUUGUAAAGUACGUUUUUUCACAGGCGGGACGCCACGCGUUCUGGAUGUUUUAGUCAUCGUUAUUAUAAAAGUUAUUGUUAUUUAUAUUUAAGGGAUAUUUAGAUUUUAGAUACGUUAUCUUGCUUAUUAUAAUAGUUAACGACAUGUUUGGUCAGGGAAGUUGCUAGUUUUCAAGAUUGCUAUAAUAAGAAGAAUUCUAUUAUAACCUGCCACCAAAUAAGAUUGCACUGUUCUGUACUGCUGUACAGCGUCUGGAUUCGUUUCUGCUCCUUUCACUUUUUGCUUUUCUCAAGUAGAAUUGUUUCUCCAACUCGUAGACCUUUGCCAGGCCUUCAGUUCGCAGAGAGAUACCAAAGUAUUCCACAGACACCCCUAAAGUUACUGCUUCUAAGAUAUCAGACCUUUUAUCAAUCUCAGGAAGAAACCUACAAGCGGUGUGACGUCGGGGCGUUAGCAGAAAUAUAUCAUUUCCCCUUAUAACAGUGGUGAAACUAAUGAAUACAUCGUGCUAUUUUUUUCUUAACUCUGUGCUGUGACUCUUGCUGUAUUUAUGUUUUAGACUUAAUGUGAUGGGUUUGUUGUUUGUCCUUGUGAAAAUGUCGGUGAUUCUAAAUGUUUAUGCCUUCUUAGGGCAGUGAUGAAAGACUGUUUCUUUUGGAGAAACUUUAUUUUUCUGUGGCAGUUUGUUUUCUAUUUUUUAAAUUUGUGUUGCAGUUGUUGGACGUUUAAUUCAUGCUGACAGAUUUUUAGUCGAUUCGCACCCGAGUUCAUACUGUAAUGUGCAAUUGAUCUGUCCAAGCCCCUCCCAACAGAUUCACAACAGUUUCUAGGAUCAGACUGACUCACUCACAGUAUCUCAGAUUCUUGUUCAUUCUCCACCGCGCCGUGUUUUCCUCCUUCGUUUUUGCUUUUAAUAUUCCUCAUCAGGCACAUUCCGAGACGUCAGUCUGCAAAAGUUCUGCCUUUUGAUUUUGUGUUUUAUGCUCACAAACAUAAAGCUUUAUGCAUUUGAGGGAUAUGGGCAGCAGUGUUAGGAAAAAAGCUUCUUUUUUUUUUUUUAAAUAGGAUUCCUUUAUUUGUGUUAGGCCUUUUAAUCAUUUUGUCAUGUUGCACUAAGAAUGGCAUAAUCAAGUUACUGUUCUCUUGUUGGUUAUGAUUGAGCGUUGCAAGCUUGUGUUUCUGUUCUUUGAUGGAUUGCUCUGUGUAUACUGUAACCAUCUUUCUCGUUUCUCAACAAUUUGCAUAUUAUAUAAAUGUUAUCACUCAAAUAAUUUAUUGCUAACAAAAAAAUGAAACAAAAAACAUGCUACUGAUUGUAUGUAUUUUUAAACAAAGCCUAUUUUUUCUGUAAAAAACAAAACAAAAAAGAAAACUGUGUUCAGCACUUUUAUUCUGGGUUGUGCUUUUGUUUUCUAUAUAUUUAUAAUUUAGAUCCAAAUGUAUAUAUUGUAAAAUUUGUGCCUUUCGACUAAUUCUUUAAAAAGGUUUUCUACUCAUUAAAGGAAGGACUAUACGAAAUUGCAAUCUUAACUUUGUAAACAAAUAAAAACUUGAAGAUUGCUGAAAA